AUGCACCUUGGGGGCCUAUUGGCUCUCACCGGUGCGAUCUGGUCAGCGCGGACCGAGGCGUCCUCUGGUUUGUCGACGAGCAGCGCAGAACAGCAUUACGGCAAGGUCGUCAAUCACGACGACCCGGACCCCCUGUGGGACAAGUACGGCUUAAACAAAUCCCAGGAGUUCAAGUAUUUCCAUGAACCGGGCCACGAUGAUAUUCUCGGCCAUUAUGAUUCCCGCUACUUUACCGAACCCGUGGCCGACGAGGAACGUCCGCAGACAAUGACCCAUAUGGUGCGCGCCUACUUAAAUUUCUUCGACGAAAAUGGAUUAGAGACGUGGAUCGCACAUGGGACGUUGCUGGGAUGGUGGUGGAACGGCAAGGUCAUGCCCUGGGACUGGGAUAUGGAUACGCAAGUACCGGAUACCACCUUGCGCCAUCUUGCCGACCGCUAUAACCAGACGGUCGUCCAAUACUCGACCAAACAUCCCGACGAACAGCGAACCUAUCUGCUCGACAUUAACCCCUGGGCUCGUCAACGCGAGAAUGGCAUGGGAUUGAAUAUCAUCGAUGCGCGAUGGAUAGACAUGCAAACGGGGCUCUAUAUCGAUAUCACCGGAUUGAGUAAAAUGAACCCGGAGAAGCCGAACCUAUGGAUAGAUAAACACGAGCACCACUACCGGACGGAGGAUAUCUAUCCCCUGCGGAAGACCACCUUCGAAGGGGUUGCGGCCAAAGUACCCUUUGAUUACGAUGCGAUUCUGAUCGAGGAAUACGGGAAGACGGCCUUGACCAGCACGCAUUUUCAUAACCAUACGUGGAUCCCCGAAUCGGAGGAAUGGAUCCCCGAUGAUCAAGUGGCCGAUGCCAUCGACGACGAUAAACAGUACGAGUAG